AUGACUUCCACCAUCGCCGUCAAGUCAAAACAACUGCCCCCGGGCGUCUACGUUCCUGUCAUUUCUCAUUACAAGAGCACCCCGCAGCAAGAAAUCGAUCUAGAUGCAGCAUACAAGCAUUUCACUCACCUGAUCCGUAGCGGGGUCCAUGGAAUCGUCUUAGCAGGCACCAACGCAGAAGCAGUUUUGCUUUCUCCCACUGAGCGCCAGGAUCUGGUUCGUGUUGCCCGAAAAGCCGUCCAAGAUUUGGGAGUAGUAGACUACCCCCUGGUGGCCGGUAUCAGCGGUCAAUCAACAAACGAGACGAUUCAACUUGCCGAAGAUGCAGCCAAGGCUGGCGCUGGCUGGGCUCUUCUUCUGCCUCCCAGCUACUGGGCCAAGGCUGUUAGCAAGGACGUCAUUUUGAGCUUUUACAAAGAGGUUGCCGACCUGAGUCCUAUUCCUGUCGUGAUUUAUAGUUUCCCUGCUGUCACAAAUGGUGUUGACAUUAGCUCCGACGUCAUGUCCGAACUCGCCCAUCACCCCAACAUUGUCGGCACCAAGCUCACAUGCGGAAACGCUGGUAAAGUCACACGUCUUAGCCACCAAUACAAUUCAAAUCAAUUCAGCGUCUAUGCCGGCUCCUCAGACUGGCUGCUGCCAUGUCUGAUUGGAGGGGGUGUUGGCUGCGUAACGGGUAUGGGCAACGUAUUUCCCAAGUCGACAUCGAAGCUAUACAAUCUGUGGGCGGCAGGCAAGGUCGAAGAAGCGCAGAAACUCCAAGGACUGGUGGCCGAGACAGAAAAGGUCUGCAAGGAAGGCAUUGCGCUGACCAAAUAUGCGUCGUGGUAUUUCAUCGGACAAGAGGCAGGGAUUGCGGCAGAGGUAUACUACCCACGCAAGCCUUACCAACCUGCGGGCAAGGAGAAGCAAGACUGGGCUGUCAAAGUUAUGACUGAGCUAUCACAGUACGAAAAAGCACUGCCCAAUGUGGUUGGAAAAUAG